CAGCCUUUUGCAUUGGUUUUGUAUUUUCUCCUACUUGUUCUAGAGUGACAGUUUACUUUAUCCUGUCGGGUUGAAUUGUUUUUGGGAAGUUUUGGGUAAAAUUAUGUAUUCAAUACAGCGUGGGGUACAAUUGAAUAACAUUCAUAAGAUUUAUAAACAUGGUCAAGCUUGAAUAGACCUUUUAAUCAUUACUUCACUGCCUUGUGUUAUGUCUGCUUAUGUAUUGACAAGUGUGUCUGGGUUGCAAUUAUUAUUUUAAGAUCUUUUUUCCGGAUUUCUGGAUUGACAAAUGUGUCUGAGUUGAAAUUAUUAUUUUCGGUUCUUUUUUCCAGAUUUAUGUAUCGAUAAAUAUGUGAUCUUAGCAAUCACUCAGAACCCUAAUGUGAAGGGCUUCCUGUUUGGAGUUGGAUUUUGAGCAGUUAAAAGUAAAGUUCAGUUUCAUUUUGUUUGAUGUCAUCGUUUACAAUGACUGAACACACAGUCCACAGGCAAACUACAGACAAGGCACUACUAUUGGAUUUGGUUGUAGCCAAAAUGACAAUCCGUUUUAAGGACUUAUUCAGUAAUGAAAGAACCAAAUCAUAGCAAUGUCCGCAAAUGACCAAGCUAGGUCAAUGGAGGAAUAGUAAUCAAUCAGGAGUGCUAAAACGACUCCUGUAACUAGAGAGUAAAUUCUUGUUUGAUUUGGGUAGCUUUUCCAAACCAUGGAUCACUUUGUAGGUGUGCUAGCCGGUGGAUCUCUUCUGGGGAACCCGCUCGAUGGAUCCUCUGUUGAAGUGGGCAGCAGCAGCAAUGUGGUUUUGUACAGAGAUGAUGAGGAUGAAUGCAUUGGAAAGGAUGAUGAUCACAAUAUACACAAUGGGGAUGAAACCCAUAUGCAACAGCAACUGCAAGAGCAAGGACAGCAGCUAAUGGUAAGUCACAUUGAAGAGGGGUUUUAUAUAGAUGACACCCACAAUGGUGUUGAGGCUCAUCAGUCGAAGAGGAAGCGGCGUCGGGGGCCUCGACUGUGGAGAGAUAAAUGGCAGAAAUCAUAUCCAUGGGCCUUCAUCAGAAACCUAAAUGGUGAAGAAAGGAUGUUCUGCACUGUUUGUGAAGCACAUGGUCACACGGCUACUAGGAAUGCUUUCAGAAAGGAGGGAAGCACAAAUUUUCAACAGAGUGCACUUGCUACUCAUGCAAAUAGUUCUGCUCACAGGAGUGCACUUUUGACCCAGAAGGCUCGGGCUGAAGCAGGGAAAAUGGGUGUGAAUGGGAAAACCCGUGGGAAGGCGUCUCCUGUGCCUGAAUAUGGAAUUGUAUCAAAUCAUUUGACAGACAUUGCAAACAAGUUAUCCUCCUUGGUGACACGUGAAGAUUUGGAGAGUCUAAAAGCUGAGUUAAGACUUAUGAUCCGUUGUCAAGAUGCUAGGCGUAUCAAUGCAAGCUGUGCUUUGAAUGAUCCCUUGAUGGUGGUUCCAACUGCUGAUGGAACAUAUCCAGAAAAUUUUCCAUCUAGUCUGGCAGAGCUGUUUAAGUUGCCAAAUGACCAAGUUGAUUCUCUUCUAAUGGCAUAUGGUUUGCCAGCACAUGGGCAGUUUGAUGCUAAAGUACGGAGGUUGAAAGCCCACAUAGGAUUCCAAUGAAAUUUCUUGUGAGCAGUGGUUAUUAACCAUGCUAAAGGCUGUCAGACAUUGCUACAACAGAUUUAAGUAUUACAAUGGUGACGAGGAAUGAUGGCAUUUUCUGGAGUUAACAUCAUUUUACUGAUGAUCUAGAAAUGUGCUUUUCAUUGAAAUCUCAUAAUAAAGCAAGAAGAAAGUUACACAUGAUUUACUGAAAA